AUGAAGGGACAGACUCUGCUGGCCUGGGGGAUUGUGUUCCUGCUUUGUGUGGCCCUGAUGUCCACUGAAGUCCUCAAUGUGACCCGGUCCAUUUUCCACUCCUUUAGGAUGAAGAAUGAUAAGAGAGUGCCUUUUUCCCUCUGUUUUGCCCUGGUGCAGGUCUGCUUGGCACAUGGGGACUACGCCCCACAUUUCUUUGAUAAUGGACCCAGUAGCACCAGUGGAAACAUGGCGUUGUUCAGUCUUUCGGAAGAUACACCCGUUGGAACUCAGAUAUACAUUCUGAAUGGAACAGAUCCAGAGGGUGAUCCAGUCAGGUUUGGCUUGACAUUUGAAAAGGGAUUCAAGGAAUACUUCAAGGUUGACCCCAAGUCUGGGAAUGUUACUCUUAUUGAAGAACUUGACAGAGAACUACAAGAUGAAGUUGAGGUUCUCGUCAGUAUUACGGAUGGCCGUAAUAAAGUGGUUGAAAAAGUGCGGGUGUUUGUCACAGACGCAAAUGAUGAACGUCCACAAUUUCAAAGCCUUCCAUUUACUGUUGACGUUCCAGAGGACACACCCUCUGGGAGCAGUAUUUAUAAAGUGCAGGCAGUAGACCGAGACACGGGUUCUGGAGGUAGUGUCACAUACUUCCUGCAGGAGCCCUCCAUGACCAAGUUUUCCAUCGACGGACACAGCGGUGUUGUCCGAAUCAAACCUGGCGAAUCUCUCGACUACGAGAGGACAAGGACACACUUCAUCACGGUGGUCGCCAAGGAUGGUGGUGGAAAAUACAAAGGGAAGUACCAGGUGCUGACAUCAACAGCAACUAUGACAAUCAAUGUGAUUGACACCCAGGAUACUCCCCCAAACUUUAUUGGCACGCCAUAUUUUGGAUUUGUUUAUGAAAUCUCAGAACCAGGCUCUGAAAUACUUACAGCUUAUGCCAAAGAUGGAGAUGAAAACACUCCUAGUCCUAUUUAUUAUUCCCUGCUUGAUGGUAAUGAAGGGGUAUUUACCAUAAACAGUACCAGCGGAUGCAUUACUCUUCUUGUCUACCCAGUCCAACUUCGGAAAGAAUUGUAUUUGCUGAGAGUCAAGGCAUCAGAAUGGAACGUGGACAACGAGACGUCUGAUUAUGCCAUCACCACGGCGACCAUCCGAGUGGUGGACCUAAACAACCACCCGCCCACCUUCUACGGCGACAACGGCCCCCAGAGCAGGUUUGAGCUGACCAUGUAUGAGCACCCUCCAGAGGGAGAGAUCCUACGGGGGCUCAAGAUCACCGUCAACGACUCUGACCAGGGGGCCAAUGCUAAGUUUAACCUGCGGCUGGUCGGGCCCAGCCGAGUUCUCCGAGUCGUUCCCCAGACGGUUCUGAAUGAAGCGCAGGUCACCAUAAUCGUGGAAAACUCUGCAGCCAUCGACUAUGAUAAGCAGACGUUCUUGACCUUCAAGCUCCUCGCCGUUGAGAUUGAUACGCCUGAGAGGUUCAGCUCGACGGCCGACAUCGUCAUUCACCUCCUGGACACCAAUGACAACACUCCCAAGUUCUCCUCUGACUACUACAUCGCCAGGAUAGCGGAGAAUUCACCCGGGGGGUCAACUGUUGUGUCCGUGACGGCUUCUGAUCCAGAUUCAGGUCUGUGGGGUGAGGUCAAAUAUUCCAUCUAUGGAUCAGGGGCCGAUUUGUUCCUUAUUCAUCCAACGUCAGGAAUAAUCUACACUCAGCCUUGGGCCGCCUUGGAUGCUGAGGUGAAGUCGAAGUACAAUUUCUAUGUGAAAGCUGAGGAUACCGAGGGCAAGUACAGCCUGGCAGAGGUCUUUGUGACCGUCCUGGACCUCAAUGACCACUCCCCUGAGUUCAACACAAACUUCCUGGAGAAGACCAUGAUUAUCGGAGCACCAGUAAAAAUAGAGGCGGUAGAUGAUGACGCAGAACAGCCGAAUAAUGUCAUCGAGUACUCCAUCAUGAAGGCAGACCCAGAUAACAUCUUUGACAUUGAUGCGGAGACCGGUGAGAUCAAGGUGAAGCCUUACAUCAAGUCCUUGGAGAUCGUGCAGAACAUUACCAAGAAGGCCGACUGCAAGUGGUCGCUGGUGGUCCAGGCCCGGGACCGAGGCUCCCCGUCCUUCAGCACCACCGCUGUGGUCAAGAUUGACCUCACGGAAGAGACUCAACUCAAGGGGCCUAUGGCAACCUUUUUAUUGCAAAGUAGAGACAAUCCCAUGAAAGCCCUAGGUAUGAUCGCUGGUGUCAUUAGUGUAAUGGUAGUAGUGACAGUCCUGAUUUCGACGGCCAUGUUCAUGCGCAACAUAAAGUCCAACAGGAUAAUGCCUGCACGGCGAGUCAUCCGGAGAAGGCCCCGAGAUCAACGCCCCUGGAAUUUCGGGUUGCCAUUGGUUCGCCUCGGCAAUCGCUCCGACAAGUUUUGCAUCGAAGACCCUGAUAACGUUGGCAACAACACCAACCUGAACAACAACACCAGUGCCCCUCCGCCACUGCCCCCCUCAGCCCCCACCCUGCCCCCGCCCCCUCAAUACUACCACAAGCACAAGGAGACAAAACAAGCAGUGCCUACUGUCUCUGGUUCCAUGGAGUCGAUCUCCUCAGGAACGUCAAGGAGGAACAGGGAUGACAUGGUCAGCUCAGCGCUGGUCUCGGAGCUCAAAAUGAUCCUGGAACAAAAAAUGAUGGAGAGCAAAAGAGGCUAUUAUUAA